AUGAUCCGAAAAUGCGUGAAUCUUCGGUGUUUCCAAUGGAAUGGUGGCGAUUCGCGGUCAGACGCUGCUCGGUCAGAGCGAUUGAACCUUCAGAACGGAAACGUUGUUGCCUGGUUCUUUGGAGGACUCCUUGGAGACACACCCGGCUUACGAGGAACAUAUGGAUGGAAGACUGCUGAAGAUGAGAACGACGAGACGGAGGAAGACGAGGGUCGGUCAGGAGAGAGAUGGCCGCUACCACAUCUCGAGUCGAUUCAAACCACGUGGAAGGAUGUCCCGGACUUGGUAAUCGCGCGGCUAUUGAAGCGCCUGCAUCGAUUGACGAGUCUUCAGUUAUCCAGUCCAAACUUUGGCCCUCUGGCGUUUCGGGAUAUCGCCACCGCCAAGGCGACUGUCUGCGUCUAUCAGGGUUUUGGAUAUCUCGUCCUACUCAAGUCUCACCAGCGACAAUGUCUUUGA